AUGGUCGGGGAGUGCAGCCGAGGGGCCUCGGCCAGGGCCGCGUGCCUGGGAUGCUUGUCCGGGUAUAUAAGAGCUGCCAAGGUGAAGCCACUUCUGAUCCGAGGGGGCCCCACCCGCCUGGCCCUCGGGUCAGCCCUUGCCCUCCCCUGCCCCGCCCGUGUCUCCCGCGCUGUCUACCUUGUGCUGACCCAGAGGGGCGCGCGGGAGCUUCCCGCAGAGGCCCAAGCACAAGGUGUGCAGGGCCCUCUGCUCAACUCUGCACCAGCGCCUCCCCCCUUCCUUUCCCCCCUCUUCCCCCUCUCUCUCAAGAUCUCCCUCCUGCUAAGUCUGCGCUGCUGCAGGAGGCCUGGGGGAAGGGCCGGGGUGUGGAGAGGGGGUGCCUGGUGUCCUUCUUUCUCUCCUGGCCCCCCCCCAAGUGCGGACGCAUCGGGAGCUCCGGCCUGCCCCCACCCCUGCAUUAGCGAUUGGCUCCGGGAGGAGGUGGCUGCCGCUGCCGCUGCCGCUGCUGCAGCAUCUCCCGGGGAGCCGCGACCCUGCGCCCGCCGCCACUGCCGCCGCCGCUGUCACCAGCCCGGCUUGAGGGACUCCAGCGCCCGGCUCCGCGAGCAGUGCCUGAAAACCUGUGCCUGGAGCCCAGCGGCUGGGGUCAGCCUGCCUCUCCAAGUAGCCACGUCCCCUUGCUCUUUUGAAAUGAUCUCGACGGGAAGGACACCUCCAGGAGCCCUGCAGGAACUUGUGCCCACAUUGUGCAGCCUGUCUCAUGCUGACACCCUCCAAUGGCAAUGGCACAGCCCCUGAAGUCCCACCGUCGCAGGGGGACCACCACAGGGGGACGGCCCCAGAGCACUGCAGAUAUCUCCGGACAGGAGGGGGAGCCCAGGACAAAAGUGGCCCCAGGGCCCAGGCCAGGCUCUGUCCCCAGUCAGUUGAGUGCCCAAGGGUCCCCUGCUCUCAGCCUCGGCUCUGUCCUGAAUUAGAUUGCGUCAGCCUGAGCCCACCUCCCAUGUUCACACAUGCCCUGGAUGCUCACUCAAGAUUACUGUGUGGGGUGCUGCUGGGCCUGGGCAAGAACCCUGCAUAGGCCCAAGGCAGGGCCAGGUCCUGCCUGACCACCAGUGCAGCCCUGUGUCCGAACCACCCUGGGCGAUGGGUCGGAGGAUGCAGGUAAGUGACAACAUCCUGAAAGGAGCCCACCUGGUGCCCAGCAGGUGGAUGAUCAGCAGAAGUCUCUUCGAAGGGAUGGGUUUGCUUUAGACAACGUGUCUCUUCACGCUGAACAGCCACAGGCAACAGAAACGUGCAGCCAGCUGGGACCAGUCGCACUGUGGACGGACACUGGAGUGUGAAUGCUUAUAGUUUUCAUGGGCCACAAAGUAAUCUUUUGAUUUUUCUCCAUCAUUAGAGAUAUAGAUGCUGUUCUUGAGUAUAAAGAACUAAAGUAUAAAGUAAGCUGUGGUUCAUGUCAGGACCUAGUGGGGCUACGCUGGGAGCCACAUGCCCUUUCUUUCCCAACCCCGGUUCUUUAGCGCCACAGUCCCUGGUCACAGCGACCCCUGGCAGUGUGCACAUGUGGGCCUGGUUGUCAGAGAGGGUACAGAGCUCCCGGGGCGUUCCAGAAUAUAGGGCUGUCUGUCCACCGCCUGCAUCUUUUUUGAGGGAAUGAGCGGUCGUUGGAGGCCCUCGGACCUGCUGUCUGUGGCAUCUGCACUUGGUCCCCAGACUGUUGUGUGUGUAGCUGCCUGUGGAGACUCCAAGCAUCUUGCCUUAGGGCUCCAGGAAAUAAUCCAGGCAGGAGAAGGGCCCAGGCUGGGAAGUGGCUUUGUGUUCCCUGGACUCAGGGCUCGUCUUUUUAUCUUAUGGGGGUGGUGGUGAGAACAUGGUCCAGCUGAUCAGUGACCGAGGCUCAGUGACCAAGGACAGCGCCUAAGCAGUCAGGGCCUGUGGCUGGCACCUGUCCCCACCAGGUCUGGGGUCCUGUGUCAGGAUAAGAAAGAGCUUUCUAGAUAUGCAGGUUAGAAAUGCAGGUUCCAGACCCCACAGCCCCGGAGUCAGACCCCCCAGGGCAAGGGCCGGGUGCCUGGAUUUUUGCUGAGGGUGUGAGUGAGACUUGGCAGUGUGCUGACCUGGCCCCUGUGCCUCACUUGGGCCCCACCGGCCAGGCAUCCUCAGCCACCUCUGGUCUGUAGUACCCAGAACCUGGACAACUGUGUGCAGGACAUGCUGUCCUCGGAGCCCCCUGCACACUGGCCACGGGACCCAGAGUCUCCCCAGCAGCAGGACUGAGCAGGCUGCUGUGCCCUCUGGCUUGAGGCAUGAGAUGGUGACGUCCUGCGUCUGUCAGCUUCUUCUCACUUACUAGUUGGGACAUUUUUUAUGGAUACUCUUCCCUCAGCUAUGAUUUUUCUCCAGGGGAAGCAGGAUAAAGGCGCGAAUCUUCUCCCACAGCCACCACCUUUCAGAAAAAUGGAUUUGUUCCCUGAAACACCCCCUUUCGGAGUCUGACUCCUGUCAUCCAGCAUCACUGUGGACUCACGUGCUCUUUCCUGGCUGGGACUCAGAGGGUGUUGACGAGAAUAAAAGGACUCCCGAUGUGCAGGGAGCUGUUAGGGAGGAAUGAGAGGCCAGGAGGCAGGGGAUCUGUGUGGAAGCGUUGUGCUGCCUGAGGGUCACAGGCAGAGGCACCAAGAUGGCAAGGGAGGGGAGGGCGGCAGGUACCAGGAGAGCCCCAUAGCUUGGUGGAGGGUCUGCUGCUAGAUCUUUAGGGUGCCUGCAUUAGUUUCAGUGCAGCUGUGUUAGUGCCAGCAGAUGUGCAGGUGUGGCUGUGGCAAAGUCGGGAGAAAUGAAUUUCCUGGACAGAGGAAAUGGGCUGAUCCCUCCCAGCUGCGUGGAGGGUCUGAUCUGCAAGAUGUACUCUGGGGGAAAACCCUCCAGAGAAGCAGACGGCUCCUGCUGCCCUGCCGGUCUCCUCUCCACCAUGCAGAGGAGCAAACAGCACUCAUUUAGGAGGAGAAGGGGAGGAGGUGGCAGCAGGGAGGACCAGACCAACAGGCUUCUUAGGAGGAUGAACCGAGGUGUCCACCCUGGUUAUUUUAGUUAUCUGGUCAGUUAAUGAACAACACUAACCCCAUGGAGUAGACUCGUCUUAAGUAGAAUUUUAUAAUUGGAACCCCGUGUCUUUCUCACAAGCGCAGCUGUGGGUACCCGUAGUUUUGUUUCUCUCGCUGCUGAGAUGUGUGUUUCUGUGUGAUGGUGCCAUUUGCCCGUGGUAGGCUGGCCGGCAUAGACCACCUUCUCUCCACGCAGGGGUGGGGGGACGUUGGGCUGCUUUACUGUGCUCUCACCUUACGUUACUUCUAAAAAUAAGAAUAGAAACACUUGAAUACUGACAUUAGCAGCAAGAAAAGGUUUUGUAAACCUAAUGCAGCUGAGACAAAGAUGAAUAUAGUUAGAAACCCUGAGGGCGGAUGCGGUGCUGCAAAGCUCGGGCUGAGGAGCUCCGCAUCACAGCGCAGGGUGGGGGCCUUCCAGCAGCUGUGAUGCAUCUGUGCUCCCUGGGAGCAGAGAGCAAGUGAGGCAGGAGCCUGCGGCUCAACUUCUGCACAGCAGAUGUUGGUGCGUUUUGGGGGACUACGUGGUGCCUGCAGCGGGAGAGGCCUGAAAGACACAGAACUUCCCACAGAGACUGAGCCUGGGGGCCGAGUGUCUCCUGUGACGUGGAACAAGCAGGUGGCUGCACAGUGAACUUUCCUAAGAGGGUGGGCAGGAGCCCUGCAGAGCUGGACCUGGGGGGUGUGCUGUUACCCCACUUAGGAGUUCAUCCAGAGAUGACUGGGGGCUCGAGCUCCAGUGCAAAAUCUGAGUGAAAAGCGAAACAACAACAAAUAAGAUUUCAUAAAAAACGUUUUCCUGGCAAAUCACAGCAUUUCCAACCCGUGCAAAGCUGGACCACAGUCCUCAGCUCUCCCCGCUGGAAAUGGGCUCGGAGGGCAGGGACGGGACAAGAACACAUCAGACAUGGGAAUUUCUGGACAAGGAGGUGUCUUUCAGCACCAACAAGUGGGCGCGAUUGUGAAUUAAAUCAUUUGCAUCUUUUAGAUGCAAGACUGAUGUCUCUGCAGGCGGCGCUCUGUCCAUGAAGCGAUGAAGCGUGUAAAUUCGCUAAUCCCUUUUUUUCCAAGUGCCCCCAUCAUGCAUAAAAAUAUCAAACCAGUAGCCAAAUGCUCUUACGGAAUGAGCCUAAUUGCAGUUUUUGUAAAUUGCGUACUGUUGGGUUCUGGGUCUUUUCACACAUUCUUUUUUUAUUUUUUAUUUUUUUUUGUAGAGACAGAGUCUCACUUUAUGGCCCUCGGUAGAGUGCCGUGGCCUCACACAGCUCACAGCAACCUCCAACUCCUGGGCUUAAGCGAUUCUCUUGCCUCAGCCUCCCGAGUAGCUGGGACGACAGGCGCCCGCCACAACGCCCGGCUACUUUUUGGUUGCAGUUCAGCCAGGGCCGGGUUUGAACCCGCCACCCUCGGUAUAUGGGGCCGGUGCCUUACCGACUGAGCCACAGGCACCGCCCUUCACACACUCUUGUACACUCACUCACACUCUUGUAUACGUGGCAGCAUCCUAACCUGGCAGACCUGGAGCUGUGCCUGCCAGACCUGCAGUGCCCUUCAGGGGAGCGAAGAUGUGACUUGGGGACAGACAGUCUCAGCAACAGCUGCAAGGCCCAGUAGCCCCUUGGAGAGUUAUUUUAAUUCCUGGAACCAAGACUAAGAGGGGAUGGCCCCAGGGAGUACAUCUCAUAGUCUCAUUUGUUAUAUGGCACUGUGGGGAGUGCUGUCUGCUGUGAAUUAGCCAAAUUAGAGCCCAAGAGCCAGGAUGAGCUCAUGCUGGGGGAGUUGUGACCCUCCGUCUGCCCCCAAUCUCAUUAGCCACAGGGCAGGACCCUGUCCAUGUGGUCACAGCACAAGAGGGGAGAGCCCCAUGGGCAGACAGGGCUAGGGCAGCAGGGGUGGGGGCCACACUAGACUGGCCUCUCCACAGAACCCAGUCUAAGCGGGGAGAUCCCCCUAUUAUGCUAUGUGUCCUUGGUGGAGGCUUAGGUGUAAAGCUCCCCAGCCCAGUCCUGGUCUGGCACCUGUGAGGUGGAGCAACCCUGCUUACCUCAUGGGAGGGCCAAGCAGGACCUUGCUGUGAACACAUGCCACCCAGGUGAAGGCUGACCACUGGCCCCCAGCCUGAUGGGGAUCAUUAUGGGUAAGGGUCUGGGGGACCCUCCCUUGGGGUGCCUAGGAGUACUAUUCUCCCACCUUGGUCCCACCUGGCGAGGGGCCAUCACCUGUGCCCUCCCUUGUGAUUUGAUUGCCCCUAUCUACACCUCCUUCCAGAUGCCAGAACCUGCCAGAGCCCAUCUCCCAAAACCUUCAGACACCCCUGGGCAGGGCCUUCCCGUGCACGGCUCUGGCCUGACUACCCUCAAUGAAGGUCAUAUCUGCUCCUAAUCUGCCGUGGUUUCUAACCAAUCCUGUCUGCCAUAACAAUAGCACAACAAUAAAAGUAGCUGAUUCAUUUAUGCAUCACCUAUGUUUUCAUCCCCAAAUGGAAAGUCCUUCCCACUCUGUGCAAGGAGCUUAUGACUCGGGAAGAGACCAGACCAGGCUCCGAUAAAGGCCAGGGCCAAGAAGGCUGCCAACUUCUGUUUGAGGACUGGACGGUGGCUCGUGAAGGACCUGGGCCCUGCACUGACCUCCUGCACCUGUGGGAAACCUGCCCAGAGGGAGAGCCCACACUGGGCGGCGUGGAUGGGGUGUUUUAUUGACCAGGGUGGUGGGAACGUGGCAGUGGGGAGUGCCUCUUCAGGACCCUGCUGUUGGACAGCUCCCCACAACCAGCUCCACUCCUGUCUCUGGGCCAGCCCUGGGCUGGUGAUGGGCGAAUCUAGUGCCCUCCAGUGACCCUGCUGGGGCCAGGAGGGCCCCCUUCCCUAUGUCUCCAGGUCCCCAGGAACUGAGCCUCUGGCCAGAUCAGGGUAGAUCAGCUAAACCAGAGGAACCUGGCAGAUGAGGGCAAUGAACUCAUGAGUCUCAGCAAGUUAAUUAAAAUGUUUCUUGCUAAUGGUUCCUGGGCACAACUGGGAGUGAGGGUGUUAACUCAGAGGUUUCAUACAUUCGGGGAGUCCCUGUCUGAAAAUGGGUCUGCCAAGCUUCUAAUAUUCUCUCCACGGAAGGGAGGCCAACACAUGAAUUAUUAAUGCAGCGUCAUAUUAAUUGUAUCAAUAAAUCAAUAAUUAAUAAUGA